GUUAUUAGAACGUACAAUGACGACUGGUGGUUACCUGACUCCAAAAUUAUAUAUUCCCAGAAAUUUAUGGUUACAAGGACAUGCAAAAUUGACUUCUAUCGAUGCUAAGAUUUCUAGUUGUGAUGUUGUUCUUAAUUGUUUAAUACGGUUAUCAAAGACCUCAGUUGAUGAUAUGGAUGUAUUAAUAAAGGUAUUGGAGGGUAUAGAACCUAUUAUUGAAGGUCUUCAAAAUUCUCUAGCCAGGAAAUUAAGUUAUGUUGAAUCGACAAAUGGAAAAGGUCGGCAGAGUACAAGUACACUCAUGAAUUGGGGCUCAAAAUUGUCUCGUGGCCUUGAUAAAAUGGGUAUGAGCAAUGCAACGGUUCGUAGUGAAGAAGCCAAUGAAUAUGUAGAUGUUUUGUUAAAAGUAUUUCAGAAUGUCGAUGUUGUAGCUCCAUAUCAUGCUAAUCACUCCAAAAUUGUCGAUCGACUAUAUAAAUUUGCGGACUAUUUUGGCAAUGUUCUUUGUCGGUUUGUUAUGAAAGAUCUUG